CCAGAGAAAGAAAAAAAAUAAAAAAUAAAAAAAAAUCAGCAUUCAGCUUCAAAGUGUUGUAUUUAUGCCCUGUUUGAAGAAGUUUUUUUCAGUACGUGCUUUUGUGUAAUUGAGUUUUUGACAGCAAUCGCAGUUGACAAUUUGAACUGAAACCUACACCACUUGCCCAGUUGUUUGCAUUUCGUCAUUUCCCCCCGACCCGAUUCCUACAAAUACUCUGUUGCUUCCUUUCAUCAAUACUACUAUACAAUCAAGCUACUACUAAUUAAUUGUAGGGACAAAUUGUUGUAUGUCUUUGAUUGAUCUGGAUCAAAUGUUUGACCUCGAUCUAGCUUUGACAACUCCGACCACAACGUUGGACGAUCUGGGCACCAAGUCUCGGGGUGCAGAGUUCAAUACUGCUUCAAAACAGAGUCGAAUAACUGAUCGGUUGCCGACGGUUGCCCGCGACAGAAUGAUGGCCGGCGGUGGUUGUUGUGCGGUUUGCAUGGAAGGGUUCAAAUCGGGCGGUGCCGGUGGGAAACAAGUUCCUUGCGGCCAUGUUUUCCACGCAAAUUGCAUUGACAGGUGGCUCUCUGUUCAGAAUUCCUGCCCACUCUGCCGAUUCUCCAUUAAUACUGCUGGCCAAGGUGGUGGUUCUUCUGCCAUUUCUUAGAUGAUUAGAUUAUUACUUUCCAAAUGUUUCCAAAUUCCAGAUUGUAUUAUAUGAAAAUCAGGAUUUGGAUCAAAACUGCAUUUUUUACUGGAUAGACCCAUUUGAGAAAUGCUCUGAAAAGUGAAAAAUCAUUGGGUUUUCCGUGGUGAAUUUGAUCCUGAAGUUUUUAGUUGAUGACCAACUUGGAAUCGAUUUGGGGCCAUGUCAAAAGUGCAAUUGUCAGCUUCCUUCUUCUUUCAAAUCCGAAUUCUAUCAUCUGGAAUUUCGCUUUUCCAAGAAUAUAGCUGUCUCUGGUCAAUGUAGCUGGAUUGAAUUUGAAACCAUCUUUCCUCUUUUAAUUCUAUUU